AUGAUUAAAUCUUUAUGCUCUCUUCAUGAGUAAGAAGAAGAAAAGUAUAUUUGUGCCCAUCCUACGUGUCUUAAAUAGACAGAUAAUAAGUUGUCUUGUAGUUGCUGCUUCCAAAUUAAUCAUAGAGAAAAACAAUCUGAAUAGCAUCAAAUAAUAACCUUGUCAGUACUUGAGAAAACAGCUCUGGCAAAUUAUGUAAGCUUUAAAGAAUAUAUGCUUCAAUAAAUUGAAAAGAACUCAGAAUUACAUGUAUAGAUAGAAAAAUAAUUAUCAGAUGUUUUGCUUUCUCUUACUAAUUGGUAAAACAAUCAAAAAAAAAUGUUCAAUGAUAUAACUGAAAAUUCCAGCUAAGUUUUAACUCAAAAUAUACAAAAGGCUGAUAAUCUAAUAAAAAAUCCUUCAUUAGAUACCUAUAUUUAUUUUUAUAAGUUCAAUUAACAAGAAAUAUAGGAUGAAAUGUAAGAUAUUAGGGAUCUAUCGACGAGAUAACUAAAAUAUUAGUUAAAUUAAUUUGAAAUGAAGAGUGAUGUAUUGAUAAAUUAAAGAAAUUUUAUUUAAAGAGAUUAUUUUCUAAGUUUUGCUAAAAUGAAUUACUAAAUAGAAUUGGAUAAUCUAAAUAACUAUUAAUUUGAAUUGUGUGAAAAACAUUUAAGUUAAAAGGAAGUAUUAUGUACUCAUCCGCUAUGUUUAUAGAAAAAUCCAUUAUAAUUAUAAUGCUCGCUUUGUUUUCCAUAAGUUCACAAAGAACAUUAAUAAGAAGAUUAUAUUAAGACUAUUGCCAUAGUAAUGAAAGAAUAAACAGAAAAAAAGGAUCUGAUUGAAUAAUUAAAGAAGAAAUAUCACUAAGAUAUUAAAAAAUCAAUUGAUUUGAAUUUAUAAAAAAUUAAUGAAAGUUAAUAAAAUUAGUAUCAGAAUAAUGAAUAAUAAAAAGAAUAACUAGUACUCUUAGAAUAACAAUAAUUAAGUUGCUUUUUAAAUCCUGAAAUUCCUAACUAUAUUUUUGGCCAUCUUGAUUAGAACCUACUUACAAGAAAUAAAAAAUAAAUUUCUUUUGAUUAUGAUUCGCUUUAUCACAACUAUGAACUUAAAUUAUCUAAGAUUAUUUCGAGCUCAGCCAUUGAUGAACUAAAAUUAUUUACUGAAUUAGAUUUCAAUUCAAAAAUAUUCAAUCAAUACAUCAUUAAUUUAGAAAAUGAUCAUUAAUUAUUAUAACUAGAAGUUUAAGAAAAAGAAUCAAUAAUUUAAUCUAAUAAGCUUAAUAUUUCCGAAAUUAAAUUGUAAUUAGACGCUCUGAAUGAUUCAUUUAAAAAACAGGAAAAAGAAAUUUCUAAUUUGAAAACCCUAAUUUUCGUUUAAUCAGAGUCAUAAAAUACAAAAAAUCAAAAUUAAUAUAAUAGUAUGUCAGAAUAAAUUUCUAAUUUAAAAUCAAAUAUUUAACAAAAUUUUGAAUCAAUGAUUUAAAAAAAUUUUGAAAAGUAGGAUAUGAAUUUUAAGAAUAUUUCUUCAUAAAAUGCUAAUUCUUAAGAAGAUUUAGUAUCUAAAAUUGGAAUUAAUUGUUGGAUAAUUAUAAUUGGGAUGCUUAUCAUGAUUUUAAUUGUUGCUGGUAACGGUACAAAUAAGAGAUGA